UCCGGAUCAGACGGGAGCUGAGUUGGGCGGGGCGGGCGGACGGCUCCCCGCGCCGACUCUGAGGGUCGGUUUGUUCCCCCUCCCGCGCGGGCGGGGUGGUGCGCUCCGAGUUCCCAGGAGUUCGAGGCGGGCGGGUGCCGGGGGGAGGGGAGUGGCGGCGGCGACGGCGGGCGGCUCCCGCCUCAACCUCGGCAGUGGCGUCAGCGACGGCGGAGUCGAGGUAGCCGCUAGCUCUCGGCUGAGUGUCAGCCUGCGGCGACGCCUCAGGAGCUGGGAGUUGGGGACGCGCGCGCCGGACCUUCCGCCGCCGCCCAGAGCCUGAGGCGCCGGGGCCGGGGAGCCGGGGGCCGGGCGAGCGAGAGCGCCGGGGGGAGGGCGGGGGAUGGCGCGGACCUCGAGGCCGGCCCCGCUGUGUCCCGAAGGCGGCAAGGCACAACUUUCCUCCGCCUCUCCCCCCGGAGCCGGGUCCCUGCCGCCUCCCCCGACGCCGCCGCUGCCGCCGCUGCUGCUGCUGCUCUUCCCGCUGCUGCUCUUCUCCCAGCUCUGUGGUGCCUUAGCUGGACCAAUUAUUGUGGAGCCACAUGUCACAGCAGUAUGGGGAAAGAAUGUUUCACUGAAAUGUUUAAUUGAAGUAAAUGAAACCAUAACACAGAUUUCGUGGGAGAAGAUACAUGGCAAAAGUUCACAGACUGUUGCAGUUCAUCAUCCUCAAUAUGGAUUCUCUGUUCAAGGAGAAUAUCAGGGAAGAGUCUUGUUUAAAAACUAUUCACUUAAUGAUGCAACAAUUACUCUACAUAAUAUAGGAUUCUCUGAUUCUGGAAAAUACAUAUGCAAAGCUGUUACAUUCCCACUUGGAAAUGCUCAGUCCUCUACAACCGUAACUGUAUUAGUUGAACCCACUGUGAGCCUGGUAAAAGGGCCAGAUUCUUUAAUUGAUGGAGGAAAUGAAACAGUAGCAGCCAUUUGUAUUGCAGCCACUGGAAAACCAGUUGCACAUAUUGACUGGGAAGGUGAUCUUGGUGAAAUGGAAUCUACUACAACUUCUUUUCCAAAUGAAACAGCAACAAUUGUCAGUCAAUAUAAGCUGUUUCCAACCAGGUUUGCUAGAGGAAGGCGAAUAACUUGUGUUGUAAAACAUCCAGCCUUGGAAAAGGACAUCAGAUAUUCUUUCAUAUUAGAUAUACAGUAUGCUCCUGAGGUUUCAGUAACAGGCUAUGAUGGAAAUUGGUUUGUGGGAAGGAAAGGUGUUAAUCUCAAGUGUAAUGCUGAUGCAAAUCCGCCACCGUUCAAAUCUGUGUGGAACAGGUUGGACGGACAGUGGCCUGAUGGUUUAUUGGCUUCAGACAAUACUCUUCAUUUUGUCCAUCCACUGACUUUCAAUUAUUCUGGUGUUUAUGUCUGUAAAGUGACUAACUCCCUUGGUCAAAGAAGUGAUCAAAAGGUCAUCUACAUUUCAGAUGUUCCAUUUAAGCAGACCUCUUCCAUUGCCGUAGCUGGAGCUAUAAUUGGAGCUGUCCUGGCCCUUUUCAUCAUUGCUAUCUUUGUGAUUGUGCUGCUGACUCCUCGUAAAAAGAGACCAUCUUACCUUGACAAAGUGAUUGACCUUCCACCCACACAUAAACCAUCUCCUAUGUAUGAAGAACAAUCCCCACCUUUGCCUCAAAAAGACCUUCUGUAUCAGACUGAACACUUGCCUUUGCAGACUCAGUUCAAGGAGAGAGAGGUUGGCGGUCCCCAGCACCCUAAUGGACUAAAUAGCAGGAGAUUUGACUAUGAGGAGGAGAAUCCAGUGAGGGAAGAUGGGAUUCAGCAGAUGUACCCCCUUUACAAUCAGGUGUGCUACCAAGAUCGGAGCCCCGACAAACAUCAUCAAACCAACGACCCUAAGAGUGUCUACAUCAACCCGAGAGAACAUUACGUGUGACUUUCCUCUUUUUCUGAUGGGUCUUCUAACAAAAGUUUUUUUCGUGGAUUGGGGAGAGAAACUGAGGCCAAUAGUUAUUAUUUUAUUCUCUCAUAAAAAGCAAUCCCUAAGUGUAUUGGAAGUCGUGAUGAAUGACUUGGAGCCAAUAGCGAAUUUCUUUCCUUCAUUAGGAGUUUCUUAACCACCAGCUGUGUUUGUGAACUUGUCCAUAGCUUUGUGUAUUUUUUUGACUACGGUGUUUAACUAACAUUUGGCCUACAGGGGCAUGCUCAUUUAAAAGUAGAGCAUCUGCGUGUGAUGACAGCAGAGAUUCUCCAGAAAGGAAGGCCCCAGCUGGGAGUAUUAAGCUCACUGGGUCUCAGGCAGGCCAGCAUACCCAUCUGUAACUCAAAUGGUGGAAUAAGGAGUUCAAAAUCCAUUUCUCUAAUUAUUUAGUCAGGAUUUGACUUUCUCUGACAUGCUUAAUACAAUUACAAUACCUAUGUGCAAACAAGAAGCCUGAGAAAAGAGGCAAAUUGUGUGAUUUAUCCAAACAACAACAAGCAGUUUAAACCUUUAAGCCUGUUGUUGCUUUUUAACCCUUGUAAUAUUAUGAUAUAUAUUCCAUCUUGAUCUCUACGGCUCUCAGGGGCAGAUAUUUCUUGCUGUCAUUGCCUGGUCCUGAUUACCUGCAUGCUAACCGAUGUUCUCGCUCUGUCAUUGUUUCCCCAGUUCUGUUCGUUGCUAGCCAGAUUAGCCUGUUUCCCACCUAUUAAAUUCUAACAGGCCUUUCUGAAUGGAGGACAGCCCGGAGCCUUGUCCCUCUUCUCUGUAGAACUGUAAAUGACAAGCUCAACUUUCACAUUUGGAAUUUCUUUCAAGCUAAUCCCAUCGGCACAGGCCUUAGGUACCCUUCAUUCUUCAGACUACUUAUCCGAGUUUUAUCUACCUCAGAAAAUCCUUCGGGAAAAUCAUCAUUAAAUAACUCCUGCUCUUAAAAGCCAGGUGGAAAAUCUGAAAACAUUAAAAAAAAAAAGCCAUUUGUGCAUGGCAUAUAUGCUAAACCACAUGUUGUCCUUAUUGCUCCUGCCCUAUUUACCUGGUCAACAAGAGCAAGGAGAUGAUAAAAAGCAAGUAAUGUAGUGACUGACUGACCAGUUUAUCCCAUAUCACUUAGGUGCCUGCAAAUGUCUGUCUGAAUUUUCUCACUUUCCUUUGCCAACUUUUUCUUGCUGAGACCAAGGUAGUGGUUAGAGCAGGUGGGGAGCAGAGGAGGGAGCGCAGGUACACGUGCAAACAUCUUGUUCUGCCUCACGUCUUAACCAAAGUGUUGUUUCACUGUGUUUUCUGGAAGAAUAGGCAUAUACCACAGGUAUUAAAAACAAUGCAGGCUUGUCAAAUGUUAGGAAAAAGUGACAUAAGUACAAAAAUAAAAUAGUACACAUUUUCAACCUAAGCUUCAAGGGAACAGGAGAAUAUUAACAUGGGUUAUUAAUGAGCUACCAAAGAUGCAUCGUGAUUCCCGUGGUGUAGGCUCCAGUUCUUACUUGUGUGUUUGCUUCUUCCUCUUAGUUGUCAUGCUUGGUCAGACAAAUCAUCCAGGUUGUUCCACAGUAGUAACACAUUCUUCCUCUAUUUAUCUGGAUGACCAACAAUUCUGGGAGAAAAGAUGCUUACAGUCUAAGUCUUUGCUUUAGCAAUUUCAAAGGCAAUAGUUAUAUGGGAUCAGAGAGUAAAUUCCAAGGCCUCUCAUUGCUAUACCACUGUGCUACCUCAGUGUUAGAGUUUACUGCCCUUUGUAGCAGCCGACAUGGAAAGAAGAUACUUGAAUUUAUUACUUGGAAUCCCAGGAAGGAGUGAGUCUAGCUGAAGGUACAGUUGAUUUCCAACAGAAGGGUAACUGGUCCAAGCUCUCCUGGACAGAGAACUGUUUUAUAAAUACCAGAUAUACAGAGGAGGAGAUGCAGUGGUGUAUCACCUCCUUUAGAAAGCUUUAAAAAUGUCUUUCACAUAUGGGGAUGGUUUCUGGGGUUCUACUGGGAAGCAGGUUGUCAAAUUGGUGGCACAAAAGCAAACCGUGCACCUACUGGGGAGUAGAAAGGUCUUCAUUUGCCCUAGGGAUAAAGAUUUGGAAGCACUGGGUCUCAGGAGCCCUUUGGCCUAUCUUCAGCACCCUCCCUGCCAAGAAGAACCCACUAUUGAACCUUUAACAUUCUGGGAGGAAUUAAAGAAAAGAAAUUUCAGGAUGUACACACCUCUCUUGUAACCAGCUAGUUCAAUAUCCUCUUUGCCUUUCUGUCAGCUAUGAUAUUUCUGUAACAAACUGGUAGAUUUUAUAGCUGUUGGCCCUUUAUAUGGGUCAGAUGUGCUACGUAAUUGCUUAUCCUGGUGCUUCCCUUCUGUUCUCUCUAAAUACUGAGUGGAAUAGCAGGGAACUUUAAAAGGGUUUCAUCAACCAGUCCCCUCAACUAAAAAAUGCCAUCCAAAAUUAGCCUGUUGAUCUCUAAAUUUGGAGCUUAGACUCCUUCACGAUGGCCAUUUAAAUUUGGAAGUUCGACUCUUAAAGGUCAUUGAGUGAGGCUUGAGGAUACAAUUCACAACUGAUAUUAGAUGCUCUUCCCAUAACUGGCUUACUGAAACACACUGAAACAGAAAUAAAUCCCCGGAGCGCUCAUCCACUUCCGGUGGCAGCCUUGCAUCUCAAGGGGAGUGGGCAUGCUCCAUGCUAAAUAACCAGCCUUUAUUGCCUGUUUUGUAGGCAGCCCAAGCUCUGGGAGCGUGUGUCAUGGCUGCCGCAGCAGAUCACCAGGUUCUUUGCAUACCACACUAAAAUAAUGCAUCUGCACCACCUAGGAUGGGUCUGAUAUGAUGGGAUAGGGAUUUAGAUUAAUCCUUAAAUGGCAGUGAUUUGUUACCUCUUUUGCAAGGGCUUCCCUCUCCAUGGCCUUUUUAUAUCUUCUUCAUUUGAAGAAGUCCAUGCUCUUUGGGGCAUGUAAUAUAAAAUUCUUACUUGCGAUAGGCUUCCCUAUAACACAUAUAGAAAAUGUGCUGUAAAGUUAAUGAACUGGUUCCCUCAUUAAUUUUUUAUGGCUUCCUUUACUCACAGGGAUAGUACAGUUUCUUUGUCUGUCUUUUGAGAAUGAUUUCCUAAGUCCUUUGACAGUAAUCUAAAAUUCACUGUUUUGUUUUUCAUUGUGCAGUCUGUCCUGCCCUGCAUUGUGCUGGUCUCCUAGUGCAAUCUUUUAUAUAUGGUGACGCCUUCCUUUAAGCUUUUUAUUCCCUGAGGUGUGGAGCAUAAAGAACCAAAAGAACAGAUUCUAUUCCCAGCUUCACCCAUUCUAGCUGUGGAAACAGACAAGUCCCAUAACCUGUGCAGGGCAUUAGUUGCCUCUGUCCGUAGCAGAGAUUAUACCUUGCCUGUCAGCCUCUCAGAAAUGGGAGAGGUAAGCAAGAUAACAAAGGAUGAGAAAUUGUAAUCUCUUCCAACUGAAGGUGUCUAUGACUAUCAUUUUUGCAUGUUGAACCUAAACUUCCAGCAACCUUGCCAGCAUUUUAGGAGGACUGGGGACUUCCAGUUCUUCUGUUAAACUAGAAACUGCCAUUUGCAAGCCUAGUCAACUGUAGAUUAUGACUGAAUUAAUCUUAUUACACCUGUAAACGUAUUUGUGUCUCUUCCAUUAAGGAAAAUCGUUGUAAACUGGAUUUGGCCAAUUUGCUCACUUGAUAUUAUUAUGUUGUUUGGGCAGCAAUCAGUGGGUAAGGGUGAGUGAGGGCUACAGGUCUCCAGCCCGCAACCUCACCAGGUGAUGCUUUACAGUGAAAUCAGGUUUUAGAACAAUUCUGCAUCAUUCAUCUUUAUAUAGAUAGCAAGCGGACACCAGAACAGACAUCCUAUAGCAGUCAACCUGUCCUGUAAUACCGAAAAUUUUCCAAUUUCAUUCUUUUAGGGAAACCAACAAGAUCUUAUGCAAAAGGGCUAUUAGAAGUGAAUCCCAUAAUAGAUUCAGUGUCAAGUGACAAAUUGUUUAAUUUACAGACACCGAACAGUUUAGUAAUAUAGAAAUCCAAGGCAAGAGAGCUUGCUAGAGUUUUUACACCCUGUUCCUGGAAGGGCUGGAGUGCCCUACAGUGUUCUGGCCAAUCUACCUACAUUUUUCACCUCUGAUUUGACCACUGAAAAUAAUAUUAACAAGAGUCUCUGGUGCUGAACUACAGAAAAAGCUCUAUGGUAGUAGCCUCUGAAAAGUGACUAGAGGUUUUCAAAUGCUAACUAGCCGUUAUUGCCUGUUUUGUAGUUGUUACUUGGGGGGAGUUAUUCCCAACUGGGAUACUUCAAAUGUUAACUAACCCCUCCUGGGGCAUAUAUUAAGACUAAUUAACAUACACCAAAAUAAAUGAUACAGAAUCUAAAAGAUUUUCUUAAGGGUUCCCCUCCUUAUUACACCUUCAAGGUUGGGUGAAGGGAGAUGUAUUCACUGCUCUAAAGUUAACCUCUUGCUGGUGUUUCCCCUUAGUAAUGGCCUUUACUGUCUUGGGUUGUGGGGUUGGGGAGAUGAGAGAGAGAGGGAGAGACAGACACGGGGAAGAGAGAUCUACUUAAAAUGGGCAGUUGAAAAAUUUUUUCAGUUUAAAUGUACCAGAGAUCUAUCACAUAUGAAGACAUUUCAUUAUGUCAAGCCCAUUUUAUUAUAUCUAACAUCUCUGCGAAAAGGUUCAAGGUAGAAACAGGCCAUAUUUACGUUGAUAGCCAAAAUACUUAAAAUAGUAGGUUUACUCCUACUCACUCUCUUUCCAUCAUUAAGUUAUUCUGUACUCAAGUUUCAGUUUGUGGAAGUCCGGAGCUGAGCAAACUAGAAUAAAAAAUGUCAGAAAACUCAGAUGACACUAAACAUCUUUUUUAUCAUCCAUUAUCAGUUAAGAUCAUGAUGUGGAAUUCCUUCUCUAUCUCGGAGAAGGGAAACCACCAUUGAUAAAGGAUUCUCCAUGCCAUAGGUUGGGAAUAAAUCCCUUCUGUUGAUCCAUUCCCAAGAAUAUUCUAAUCAGUGUUUGGGGGCUAAGGCCAUGAUAUGUAUCAAAUUACAUACCUCCCUACACCAAAACAGUACUAGUUAUUUUCUGUAUCCUUUGUCUUUAGCUGUUAGCUUUAGGGAUAAAUACUGAAUUUCAGGAGAACAGAUGCUGUGAGUAUUUAUGGAAAAUGGCAACAUCUCCAUGAAUUGAAAACAGGGCCCUCUCUCUGUGCUCCUAUUCUACAGCUGUGUUGUUUACAGUUGCCACUUGCACAUGAUUUACACAAGGGGGCAUGUCAGUUGGACCCAAGGGGAUACACACUUAGAUUUAGUAUUAUUACUAGAUUUUAACUGCCAUCUCAAGCAGUCUUCAUUAAGCAAGAAACAGCUUUCUGAAUUAUUUCAAUGUUUGGCAUCUGGAGAUGGGAGAUCAAACAGUUGCUCUCUUGAGGUUUUUCUCAGUACUGCCAUUUAAAGUUUUUAUGAUCAGGUAUCCUUGGUAUCAUGGCUGAAACUGAUCAUAUUUAUUAUCAUGAAAUGGAAUUGAACUGUGAAAGUCGAUUAGAGGAGACUGAGGGAAUGCCUCCUUGGGAAUCCAGAACAUCAGAUUUGCUACACUGGCUUAGAACUGUGCCUGACAGCCAUGAAGAGGUGUUUUAUGUGUCUCCUCCAGAGGUUAGAAAUAUACUUAAAUGUCCCAUAAUAACUCAAUAUGGAUCGAUGAAGCCCAGGGUUGCAUGUGAUUUUCCAAGUGAAUGGGCAUCAUUGUUUUCUUUUCAAUACUGUUUCCAAUAAUGGCCAGUUCUUUUUCUUAAUCCACCCUAACACUGAUCAGGCUAAAUUCUUCUCUCAAGUUAUGGUGAUGGCUCAGUGUCCAUCAUAUUUUAACUAAAGGUAGCAGUAUUUUGUCCUAAAUGCAUGAGUUUGCACUUGCUUACACUGUGGCUUAUUUAUGCCUCUGCUUCGUCACGUGAAAACUUGUUAUGAGAACUUACUGCAUAUUUCAGUACUCAGCAUUUGUCAUCUUAGGUUUCACUGUAUCCUUGAGAUCCCAAGUCCUUUGUUAAAAAAUGCUAAGUAGCUGGUGUUGCUACUAGAUCCCUGGAUUAUUCCACUUGUCCAUCCAGAAAAGUUCCUGUUUAUCCUCUAUCUUCUGUUUCUAUUUCUAAGCCAAUGUUUUAAGCUCCAGCCUAUUCACUCUCCAUGUGGUCUUAACCUCUUAACUUCUUUACUUCUGAGUUUCACCUCUGUAAGUUAGUACUACUCUCUGUGUCCAGGGAAUUUUAUGGAAGUAAAAAUAAGGUGCAUAAGAGUUGUCUUCAAGAGAGCUUCUAAUUUUAAAGUGAUUUUAUAAACAUCCCUUGGCUUAGAAAUGAGAAACUCUAUAGCUAUUAGAGUUUCUAUCCUUGUUUUGCUAUUUUUACUUAGGCAAAAUGAUCUCUGUCUGAAUGAAUAAUCUUUACUCUGGUUUUAACAUUCUUCCCAUUAACCCUUUUCACACUGAAAUUGUCUAUCUUAUCCUUGUUCUGAACUUUUUACUUACGGAACCAAAACUAAUUCUCCUGCAACAAAUCUCACAUACUUCUUAUUCCCAACACUGAAUAAAGUACUAUACUCUGUAAAAAGGCAUUGGACUCUGCACACAAGAAGCCAGAAACUAGUGAGAUUUCACUCCAGCUCUGACAAGAUCUCACCACAUGCUUUAGUCCUAUAUAAACUGAGAUUAAUUCUGCUGUUUCACAACACCUGCGUGGUGUGAGUCCUGACUAAUAAAAGGUGAAAAGCAUUUUGGAAAUGGCCUUUGCUAUGUAAAUACAUAGCAAAUAAUCUGUAGAGUCUUCAAAUAGAAGUGUGUUCCUGUGUAGUUCAGUUCAGAAUACUAGUCCACCCACUGUUUACAAAAUAAAUGUUUUAUUUACUCACCUGUUCUUUUUUGUGUGUGUAUGGUGAAAAUUAGUUUCUAGUUACUGGAACUUUUUUAUUUUGAUGCAUAAGAAGAAUCAAUAGUAUAUAUUCUUACUUAUCAGAAAAUACCCAAGUUGUAUUUUAAGUGUUAGAACUGAAGGGUUACAUAACAAUAUACUGGGUAAGGAGGAGGAGUCUAGCUCAAAUGUGGCAAAAUAUAGAAAUACGAAGAUUAGCUUUGAUUUUGAGAUUGUGUUAUGAUCGUAGAUGUUAAUGUGAUUGUUAUUAGAUAUUCUUUAUUUUUAAGUUGCCAGAAAUUUUCUUUUAUUUUUGCAGUUUUGACUAUAUGGUUCUUGACAUGUUCUGAAUAAAGUUUUUAUAAACCAAA